AUGGCUUUUGGUUUAGGAAGCCUGGUGGAGGCAGUUGUGCUUAUGCUUAAUGCUGUAUGCAUUCUACAUGAAAGGAGAUUUCUUUCAAAAAUCGGUUGGGCAAGAGAGGAUAAAGAUUUCAGUGCCCCAUCAACUGUAAAAUCGCAGCUUCUCAACAUUAUACAUUCCAUUCGGACGGUGAUGCGAAUUCCUCUUAUAGGUGUCAAUAUCACUAUAAUCGUGUUCAAGAUGGUAGUUGGAUAG